AUGAGCUCUCCGGAUGUAAGAAAUACUGUGGUUGAGGAUUCAUACUCGACUCUCAAUUUCAAAGAGAUUAGAGUUGAAAACCAUCCUCAGGACUCCCCAGUUGUUACACCGAUACAAGUGGUGAAGCUCUAUCGUCCAGACCGACGAAAUGCCUUCACAGAACGGAUGACAGACGAGCUAGAACAUGUUUUUAAACUUUUGGAUAUGGAUCAAAGAGUCAAAUGUGUGGUUGUCACGGGUCAUGGCGAUGUCUUUUGCGCUGGAGCGGACCUAGAGACCAUGUUUCGGAAAUCAGAUGAGAAGGUCAACGAGCAUCGAGAUUCAGGUGGACGUGCAGCCUUGGCCAUUCAUCGAUGUCGCAAGCCUGUCAUCGGUGCCCUCAAUGGCGCGGCAGUCGGCAUUGGCAUCACCCUGGCUCUGCCGAUGGCCAUUCGCCUGGCACCCUGCGAUGCCAAGAUAGGCUUCGUUUUCGGAAGAAGAGGCCUCGUGAUGGAAGCUGCGUCUUCCUACUUCCUCCCACGACUCAUCGGCAUGUCGAGAGCGAUGCACCUCAUCACGACGGGGUCAACAUAUCCUGCAUCCCACCAGCUCCUCUCGGGUCUCUUUAGUGAGACGCUACAGAACGCCAGCGAUGUGCUUCCCAGAGCUCUUUCCAUUGCUCAGGACUUCGUGGACAACUGCAGCAACGUGUCCUGGCUGUUGAAUAGGGAGUUGAUGUGGCGGAACCCUGGGACAGCCGAGGGAACUCACCUGCUUGACUCGAGGAUCAUAUACGAGCUGUUUGGGUCGGUGGACAAUACUGAAGGAGUCAAGAGUUUCCUAGAAAAGAGAAAGGCCAUGUUCAAGGGGACAGUUGAGAGCGAUGUUCCACAGACGUAUCCUUGGUGGCAGCCUAUUGAUCUAGCAAGGCGGUACAAAGGCCCAAUAGUUGACGCUAAGCUGUGA